AGUUGUGCUCUUGAAAGCUUUGCCUCUGCAAAGACAUUCCUCCCAACACUAUUUAUCUCUGGUUUGGUAAUGCAUCUUGUGAAUGGCGAGGUGGUAAAGGUGCCUGUUUUGUCCUUGGGGGGAGGGGAAGGGGAACUGAAGGAGAGAAAGCUACUACAGGGAGUCCAAAACUUUGAUCCCAUUGAUGUGUUGCAGGAGGCUGUGCAGCUGAAACCCAAACCCAGUAACAUGUCAGACUUUGUGAACUAUUCUAAGCAUCAGUUGCUGACGCCAAGAUGAGGGGUGGGGGUUUCUGGGGGCACAUAUGCUCCUCCAUAAGAACUCCCAAUAGGAACUGACGGCCACUACGAGCACCAUCUGAAAUGCAGUCCCUUAAUGUUAGGCAAUAAAGCUGUUUAUAGCUCCCAUAUUGCAGUUCAUAGUCCCACUUGGUGUGAUCCAUGUGUGGAUGUGUUUUUAAUGCUCCAGAGGUUUGAGAUGUGAAAACGUGAAGUCCAGUGUUUGGUCAGUGAGUGAGGGUUAGUGUGAAGGUAGAUCGCUAGGAGCUGUAGUGACCUUGGGGCUGCUUGCUGAGGGCAGGACAGAAUUCCUGAAGGGACACAUGGUUUAGAGUGACAAGGCCAUCUGCUGUAGCGCCAGCAGUAGAAGGAAGGUGGAGGGGGUUGGACAUGGGGGGGUGCUGAGAAUUCCUUUCGUCGGGGUGUGGAGGGAGUAGAUAUUCUGGGAUAUCACUGCUAGCGCUCCACCGGGAAACGUGUUUCUUUGGCAUUUUUUUAACGGAAAUCCGAGGGACAGGUUUUUGAGUGCUUGAUGGUGAGAGGGGAUCAUUGCAGGGUUAAAUGGGGAAGGUAUUUUUCUGGCCCUCCACGACCCGACUGGUGAUAAUGGUCUUGGUGUGUCGCUGUUUUACUUCGGCGGAUCCAGUUUCCUCUGCAUCUCAGCAUAGCCAGAGCUGAGAGAGCGGGAUCUGGUAGGCCUUCUGGCUCCCAACUCUCAGAGGAUCAUCUUUGGAGUUGUACUGUGCAUGGCGAGGAUCUACUUUCUUGCUGCCUCACCGAAAUUGCAUGGCCUAAACGAAUGAAUAUUUUUAUGAGGCGCCUUGCACCAGAGAUGGGCCAGGACCAAACCAAGCAGCAGAUAGAGAAGGGCCUGAGGUUGUAUCAGUCCAAUCAGACAGACAAAGCCCUGCAUGUCUGGACGAAAGUGCUGGAGAAAACCUCAGAUCCUGGAGGAAAGUUUCGGGUGUUGGGUUGCCUGAUCACGGCUCACUCAGAAAUGGGAAAAUAUAAAGAUAUGCUCAAGUAUGCUCUAGAUCAAAUAGACACAGCCAGAGAGAUGGAGGACCCAGACUACCUGACAGAGGGCUACUUGAACUUGGCACGCAGCAACGAGAAGCUGUGCGACUUCCACAAAACGGUGUCCUACUGUAAGACCUGCUUAAACAUGCAGGGUACCACCGUCAGCCUGCAGCUCAACGGCCAGGUGUGUCUUAGCAUGGGCAAUGCCUUCCUGGGCCUCAGCGUCUUCCAGAAAGCUCUGGAGAGCUACGAGAAGGCCCUGCGCUACGCACACAACAACGAUGACAAGAUGCUGGAGUGCAGAGUCUGCUGCAGUCUGGGAAACAUCUAUGUCCAGCUUAAGGACUACGAGAAGGCCCUGUUCUUCCCCUGCAAAGCAGCUGAGCUUGUCAACGACUACGGCAAGGGCUGGAGCCUCAAGUAUCGAGCCAUGAGCCAGUACCACAUGUCUGUCGCCUACAGGAAACUGGAGCGUCUGCCAGACGCCAUGGAAUGCUGUGAGGAAUCUAUGAAGAUCGCUCUGCAACAUGGCGACCGUCCCCUGCAGGCUCUGUGCUUACUAAACUUCGCGGACAUACACCGCUGCAGGCGUGACGUUGAUAAAGCAUUCCCUCGCUACGAGUCUGCACUGGGUAUCAUGACUGAGAUCGGAAAUCGUCUUGGACAAACGCACGUCUACCUGGGGGUCGCAAAGUGCUGGCUUGUGCAGAAAGAGUUUGACAAGGCUCUUGACUCUUUGCAGCGAGCGCAGGAACUGGCAGAUGGAGUAGGAAACAAGCUGUGUACCCUGAAGGUGCACUGCCUGUGUGAAGGGAUUUAUCGAAGCCGGGGGCAGCAGGACGAGCUCAGGGAGCAGGUGGUGAAGUUCCUGCAGUGUGUCGAGGAGCUGGAGCUCUACUGCGGCAUGUGUGGAGAGUCCAUCGGGGACAGGGACCAAAAACUGCAGGCCUUACCCUGUUCCCACAUUUUCCAUCUCAAGUGUCUGCAGACAAAUGGGACAAAGGGUUGUCCUAAAUGUUUCAAGUCCUCCAUGAAGCCUGGAUUUGUGUGAUUGUGAGACUGUGUUGGGUUGCGUUGGAUUUGCAGACACAGUGUGAAGCCUCGCAGGCUCCUGACUGAUCUGAGGGAAGCAGGCAGCCUCGGGAUGUGCUGAAGAUGUUUGAGGAGUAAUAGUUCACAGCUCUGCGCAGAGGAUUGCCGAACUGAACCCAGAGCGACGCAUAACGCCACUCUGAGGACACAGUCGAGACAUCCGCCUUAUUGACAGACACGAGUCUGUGAGUCACAGCUGACCGAGGAGGUAUACCUGAUGGUGUUACAUUUAAAUAUAAGCUGAAGAAGAAACAACCUACAUUGUCUCUGACGCUGGCUGUUUGUUGCAGAGUAUAAAUCUAGAGGAACAUGGACCGUCCAAAGAGCAUUUAUUUGCUAUUUUCUGCAUUAGAAUUGUUUAUUAAAAUCAAGAAGGAAUAAUCUUCAGUGACAUGUCAGUGAUUGUAGUCACGGUCUCUGUUGUCUUUUACACAAUCCGCUUAUCAACUUGUUCUUUACUCAACCGUUUUCUGAUUUUAUUUUAUUUUUUUAAAUCAGAACGCAGAGCCAUUUCUGAAUUUACCUGAUUUCAUACAUGGUAUAUUUAUUAUUGUUUUCAUGUACAUACUAUUCUGGAUCUAUUAUGUUAUUUUGUUUUGAGAGUUUGAUUUAUUUGAAGUGUUUCGUUAAACCUAAAAAUGAACUAAAAUCUCUUAACCAUUCAAAAACUAGUAUGUCUUUACAAAACAGGUACAUGCAGCUGUUUUUCCUUACAGGAGCAGGAUCAACACACAUUGUGUUCAUAGAAAUUCCUUUUCUGUCCAUUUCUGGGAAUGUUUUACUCUUACGUUUGACAUCAACAUAAUACUGAUGAGGAGGAAACCUAUUGGGAAAGGAUCUUCUUUGACCAAUCACAUGCUUGUCAAAUAAUUAUUUAGAGGAGAUACAGUUUGGUUUAAUGUAGUGUUUUCAUAUUUGUAGUCAUAUGUAAAUAUUAACUGGUCAAAUCUCAGCGGUCAGCUGGAGAUUAUUUACUUGCUAAGACGGUGCCCAAAAAACUGAGCUAUCACAUGUUGCAUGUUUUAUUCACAAUGCCAGGCAACAAAGUUGGAUUACAUUAGAUUGUGUAUCCAUGAAAACUGUGUAUUUACUUAUUUCAGAAUUGUUUAUUACUGUAUUUCUUAAUAUUCAAUGGAUUUUAUCAUUCAUAUUCCUUACGUAUUUGUUUGCAUCAUUUUAUAUGUAUUGUGAUUUGGAAAGAAAAAAAAAGCCCUAUUCAUCAAAGUCAUUGUGGCACAAAAAAACUCCCUGUUCCCUCCACUAAAUUUGUUUUCAGAAAGACAAUAUCUGUCAUUUACAGAAGUGCUCUUUUAAAGCAUUUAGAAGUUCAAUUGUGCGGUCAGAACAGGACAAAAUAAAUUACGAUUCACCCUUUAUAGUAAAAGCGUCAGACUUGAGGAAUACACACACAGUACUGCAGCUUUAAAAUAUGAAGUAUUUUCUCUCUCCAUACACCAUGUGAGUAGGUUGACUUCACGAGACGAGAGGGAGAGACCAACACAUUUACUUUUACUGCACAAGCACUUAUGUUUCUCAUUGUGACCUCACUUCUGAUGAGCUCCUGGUUGUCGUUUGAGGUCCCUGCAGCCAAAAUAAUGUUGAUUCUCUGUCUGUUUACCUGUAGUACAGUCAAUGUAAAACGCUUGUAAAACAGUAGAUAUUAUCUACACUUUUUAUUCUUGGUUGUGGGGUUUAAAUAAGUUUUUACUCACAGUACAGCCACUCAUUAAUGGUUUAAACUACCUCUGUUUUUGCCUCUACGCUUUGCCUUCCUCAGAGGAUUAAUGCAGUAAUAACACAACAUUUAAAUACUUGUAGAAUUGUUAUGUUUUUCUAGACGUCAUGUUGGUAUAACCAUGAUUUUAAUGAUUUACAGUCUGACUAAAUAAUGCAUUGUUGAUAUAUUUAUGCAUUGAGUCAGACUGUGGUACUCACAUAUGGAAAUAUUUCAUCAUGGAAAAUAAAGAACACUGA